AUGUCCCUGCGCCCAACCCUCCUCACCAAAUGGAUCUCGCGUCGUAGCGAGAUCCUCAAACCCCCAAGCUUAGCCUCAUACCUCCACCCCUCGACCCGACCAUCACUCGCACGCCGCAGCGCAAUCUUCUCCCCGGUAACACAAGCAACACAACGAAGUCUUACCACAACACGCUGCUUGACGCGAACCCGGCCGGGACCGAGCUCGUUCCAGUUCAAACAGCGCCGGUUCAAUUCCAGGUCGGCUGAUGGCGGUAAGGGAUCUGGGACCGGGACUGGAGCUGGAGCUUCAGACAAGGCCUCGCUCUCACAGCGGCUGAAGAAGCUCUCACGGGAGUAUGGAUGGGCUGCGCUGGGAGUGUAUCUUGGACUGUCGGCGCUAGAUUUCCCAUUUUGUUUUGCGGCCGUGCGGUUGCUUGGUGUUGAGCGCAUUGGGUACUACGAGCAUGCCGUUAUUGGGUUUGUUAAGGAUAAGCUCAAGACGCUGUGGCCGCAGACUAAGGGAUCCGAGGCGGAGGAUGGGCAGGGGCAACUUGCUCAGGCUGAGGAGCGGAAUCAGGAAGAAGCUAGUAUCUGGACGCAAUUGGUUUUCGCAUAUGCCAUCCAUAAGAGCUUUAUAUUUAUUCGAGUGCCGUUGACAGCGGCGGUGACGCCAAAGGUUGUGAAGAUACUGCGUGCAUGGGGGUGGAACAUUGGGAAGAGAAAGCCCAAGAGUUUAUAA